AUGGUUUCCCUAACUUACUUCGGUCUGCGCCACACGCCCUGGACAGUUCUCGUCCUCAUUUUCUUCAUCGAAAGCGUGAUGGGGAACUAUGCAAAAUCUUUUUAUAUACACUGGAACACAACAAACAGUAUAUUCAGAAUAGACAACACCGAUCAUGUCUUUGAUUUGAAUAAAGGGAACGCUCAGUUCGAGUAUGACCAAGUCAAUAUAAUAUGUCCAGUGUACACGCCAGGCACUUUCGAAGAAGAUACCGAGAAGUAUAUAAUAUAUAACGUAAGCAAAGAAGAGUAUGAUACAUGUAGGAUAACGAAUCCAAACCCCCGUAUAAUCGCAAUAUGCGAUAAACCGCACAAAUUGAUGUUUUUCACAAUAACUUUCCGACCAUUCACACCUCAGCCGGGCGGUCUAGAGUUCUUGCCCGGCAAAGACUACUAUUUUAUAUCAACGUCCAGCAAGGACGACUUGCACAGACGCAUCGGGGGUAGAUGCCUUAGCCAUAAUAUGAAGCUAGUGUUCCGGGUGUGCUGCAAGCCGGAGGAGCAGUCUCCGGCGCCAACCCCACAACCAACUCUGCCGCCCCCACCACCACCGCCUACCACGCCAGCGACCACAACCACCACAACAACCGUGAAACCUGUCACUAAAAAGACGCACAAGUACGACAAGACACCGAAUGAGGUGAUCAAGAGCGAAGAGUUAUCUCACUCCCGUGGGGCUGCUUUGGCAUCUUCCUUGGCCCUGGCUCUGGCUGCGAGCGCCGUUUUAGCGCCUCUGGCUCGGUGA